AUGGUUAGCCGUCAAAGGCACGAACUCGAUAAUUCAUCGAGACACGGAUCAUUCAUUUCUAUUCGUGUUGCGAUUUAAGCGCCAUCUUAUGCGUAGAACUACGAACUAUGAGCUCGAAAUCUAGGGAAUUUUUUAUAGCCACGAAACCGAUAAGAGCAUUUGUGCAUCAAAAUGAACACAGUCGGAGAUUCCCCGGCCUCGGAUUGGUCGAUUCCGGGCUUCGCGACCUCGCUCUUGAAAUGCGUAGGCUCCGAGGUCGAGCAUGAGGAAGGCUAGAGACAGAGCGUCGUCGGUGGGGACGUUCGUUUACUUCGGUGCGAAGAAGCUCGGGCUCGGAAGAAGAAAAGCGAUUCGGGGGAGGCCAGCCGGCGCGCGUCAACGGGCAGUUUGACAUUCGGCCGGAAGUCGCGCACAUAUGUUUCCUCCGUCGUCGCCGCCGCGGCUUAGGCGCGGUUGCGCAGUCGACUUGCAUCUCGCACCCGAGGAAUAUGUCGACCGGCCGAGGAGCGGCGGAGUGAUGCACGAUACGUCGACGAAGGCCGUUAUCAUGACCGCCAUCGUGGCGAUUUCCUUCAGUUGAGCACGCUGCCAGGUCGAUUCGCGACGAGAAACCGCGCAGUUCUCUCCCCGUGGGAGACGAAGAAGGAGGAGGAAAAAGAGAAGGCGCACGAGACACCGAGAAAGAGAGAGAGAGCACCGCGCCAGAUCGCCGUGUGCCGCCGUACCGUAUCGUAUCGUAACCGAUUUGGGGCAGGGGGAACCUGGGGAGCUAGGGGGCCAGGCAGAUCGUGUGCGGGGAUCGUGCGAAGCGGAGGAGCGCGAGGGCCUUAUGUCAAGUCGACGACGAGGACGGAGCGCGCAAACAUGAAGAAACUAUUCUCCAAAAUCGACAACACGUCGAAGGAGCCUAACAGUUAUCUGGGGAAGGUGUUCGUCGUGGGCUGCCACACGGUCACCGUCGAGGAGGUCCUGGCGGAAGGAGGAUUUGCAAUUGUAUUUUUGGUCAAAGCCUCAGGUGGACGAUAUGCGCUUAAACGGAUGUAUGUCAACAAUGAACAUGAUCUCAAUGUAUGCAAAAGGGAGAUACAAAUUGCCAGCAACUUGAGUGGUCAUAAAAAUAUCAUAGGAUAUGUAGAUAGUAGUAUAACUCAUACUGGCAAAGGAGUACAUGAACUUCUGCUUUUAAUGCCUUAUUGUAAAUCCCAAGUUCUUCAAAUGAUGAACAACAGGUUGCAAACAGGUUUCAGUGAAUCGGAAGUUUUACAAAUUUUUUGCGACGUUUGUGAAGCCGUGUCUCGGUUGCAUCAUUGUCAAACUCCCAUAAUUCAUAGAGAUCUCAAGGUGGAAAAUAUACUGCUCGCUGACAGCGGUCAUUAUGUUCUAUGUGAUUUCGGAUCCGCGACGGGGAAGGUUCUUAAUCCCAGCGUCCACGGUGCCGCAGUAGUUGAGGAGGAGAUCAAGAAAUAUACCACAUUAAGUUAUAGAGCACCCGAAAUGGUUGAUAUGUACUGCGGAAAACCUAUCACUACGAAGGCGGACAUAUGGGCUUUAGGAUGUCUGCUGUAUAAACUUUGUUUUUUCACACUACCGUUUGGCGAAAGCACACUUGCUAUACAAUCUGGAAAUUUCACUAUACCGGAUAAUUCAAGAUAUAGCAAGGCCCUCCAUUGUUUGAUUCGGUAUAUGCUUGAGCCAGACCCCGAUCUACGUCCUGACAUUUAUCAAGUUUCUGUGAUUGCUUUUCAAAUUCAGGGUAAAGAGAGCCCUGUGCAGAAUUUACAUAAAGUCCCUACGCCGACGAUAGAGUCAUUACCGUGUCCGCUCAUGGAAUCUGAGAAUAUUAAGAGAUCGGCAUCUGUCAAAACUCCAAAGCCUGUACCUAUAGCGACGACGGUCGAGGGCACAUCUGUGACUCCGAGACAGAGACCGAAGGGACAAGCUGUUAGCACGGGACCGAUCAGUUUGAGCGGUCAAAUUGUAGGGCAGAUAUCAGGCCAAGGAAAUCAGACCGGGCAAAAUACACCGGGAAAUUCUAUCUCUUAUGUUCAGGUAUCGCCGCACGUCUGCACCCCUAAUCAGAAUGUUCCUUUUGGCCAGCCAUCGCAAGGACAACCAUCUCAGAGCCCGAUGAUCAGUCAUUCUCCUCUGACUCAACAGUCACCUGUUACUGUUCAGGAUAAGAAUGCAUUCUAUUUUGAUUCGCGGCAACACGAUGCGAGGCCAAAUGUCAAUGAGAAAAAUUUGGAGGCUCUAUUUCCAUCAUCAGGGUAUCCGGAUCCGUUCAAAGACGAUGCGGCGGCGAUGCCGCCACCUACCAAAAUUCCACCUCCCGUUGCUCCUAAACCUGGCAAAAUCCUCCCAAAACUAUCUAAUCCUAGUUACCCGUCAUCGUCCAAAUAUCCGCCUGUCGCUUCACUACCGUCGAAAUUGUCGAUUUCAACGGGGCCUAAUAAAGCAACUCCACCGACGCAACUGACACCGCCAGCUUUACCAAAACCGGUUAAUAAAACGGAAAGCUUAAGUCAAAAUAUAAGCUCGAGCAUAUCUCCUCCUGACAGUCCGACAUUGUCGUCCUCUCGGCACAGGAGAAACGUCAGCGAUACAAGUGCUUUUAAUAAUGGCCAUUUCGAUGUUCACAGAGCGUUUGCAACUGAAACCAAUCAAUUCUUAGCUCCAUACGAGGCUUCUGUUAAGCCGCGUUCCGAUGAUGCGGCUACACCUCCCGAACUUCCGAGUGAUACAAGGCCUUGUAUAGCAACUAGUGCCUCGCAUGUACGUGUUGGCGAACUUUCGAGCCUAAUGGGAUCGGAAGGACGAUCAUUGAGUGCGGAUGUGGCCGCGUGGAAUCCAUUUGAAGACGUACAACCUUUUAAUCAGUUAACGGAAGAUCACAUUUUCGGUGCUGAAUUUGACAAAAUAAGAAGAGGGAGCAAUACAAGUAUCAGCGGAGUAAAAAGUCGCGAAAGUCUCGUUAUGACAUAUACAGAAUUACCAGAGGAUCCCUUUGAAUCUGCGCCCUUUAGCCUGCCAACAGGAAAGAAGAAUAAAAUGGGGUCAAAGACUGCUGCUAUCGCUGGAGGCAAAUCGACCAGGGUGCCUCUGGGGACGCAGUGGAACAACUCCGGGCUGGAGCACGUCGGCAGCGGAGUCGUCGGAGGUGUCGACGACGAGGCGUCCCUGAUCACGGAGUCCAGUCCUGUCUCGCCACCGUUCGUUCGCGCGCCCGCGGAGGAUCGUUCCAAGUACGAGAAGCUGGCGUUCAACGCCGACGAGGUGUCCAGCGACAGCGACGGGAAGAGGAUGGGUCCGAAGGAGCGAGCCAGGAAGACGAGGCGGCGGGUGAAGAACGUGCUGAGCCGCGGCAAGAGAAGAGUCGCGGCCCAACAACGCGAGAACGCGGACAACAGCAACGCGCAGAACGUGGAUUACGAGUCGGACGACUCGAUCGGCUCGGCCAGCGACCUGCGGGCGAUGAACGACGAGGAGGAGGGAAACGACGAGGACGGGGAGGAGAACGAGGACGGUGAUGGCGACAAACGGGGCAAGCGCCACGACGAGACCAUCUCCGAGAGCGUGCGGACAUGCGGUAGUUCUGCUUAUCACGCGGAAUGCGAGUCCGUGGCGACUCACGAGGACGACUACAGGAUGAAGAGGCCGAGGAGGCAGCAUCACUAUCGCCAGCAACAGGCGCAACAGCUACCGACCAUCGACGCGGAUCCGAUCGUGGGUCAUCAGUACGGUGAGAAACCGCUUCUGCUGGACGACGAACUGGAUCCCGAGUCCAAGCCAGAACAAUCGCACGGGGAUCCCUUCGUGCGACAUCAAUACGGGUCUAAACCGUUGCUCUUCAACAACGGUGACAGCUCGUCUGACGAUAACAACGAUGACAAGUCCAAAUCCCUGAUCCAAAACGGUAUCUGGAAGGUGGAGAACGACGUGUUCGCUUUGGCGCCAUUCCCACGGUCCAGCAGCUCCAGAAAGAGCAGCGAUAGUCGCGAGAGCGAGUCCAAGAACGUCGAUCCUAGCGGCAGCGUGAGGAAUUCGCCUCGUAAUUCGAAUCUGGUGACGCCUAUCUCCAGUUCGCCCCUUCCGGAAGUGGUGUUCGCGGAUAUAAUAGAGAGUAAAACGACGGCGCUUCCGCCACCGAGGCCCACCACUUUGUCCUGCAAGUAUUCGAAAAGCAUCGCGAAUAACAAAACUAUCUAUUACGAGGAAUCGUCAUCCUUUCCUCGUCAAUCGAGCGUCGUUCAAACGUCCUCGGUCAAGAGCAACCCUCGUGUCGGCAUUGCUGAAGAGGAGGAGGAGGAUGAGGAGGAAGAAGAGCAGGAGGACGCGGAAAAGGAUCUCUUCGGCUCCUCGCCCUUCAGUCCCAGUGGAUUCACCAAUCCCUUCAACAAUGUUCAAUCCACGUAUGUCGACUCGACGUCAGCUCAGCCGACGAUUCUGAGUCCGGUGGGCUCCUCUUCUUCUUCCUAUAUCGAUUACAGCGUCCCUCAGCUGCAGUCGUCUCACAACAACGUGGUCUCGGAUAAUUAUUACGCUAGUCACUCCAGUAGCACAAUCGCUUCGACAUCGAAAUACGGGAAGGUGACGGUGAACUCGAACGAACUUUCAGCCUCCAAUGAACCUUCCAAGGACCUCUUCGGGUCAAUCCCGUUCGACGAGUUCGCCUCGCUGAAGAUCAACGAGCAACAGCAGCGUCCGACAUCUCUGUCGCUUUCGCAGUCGCCCAACUACGUGGAUAACGUUAACGCGUUGACCACCACGUCGACGUUACCUGUCAGCAGUGUCAUGCAGUCCCCGAAGAAUACCGUCAUUCAUCUGAUGCCGACACCACCGUCGCAGCCGCAGCCUCUGUCGCAACCUACACCCACUUAUAUGAUCCAACCGACCGCGCACACAGCCAGGAUCACCGUGCACGCGGUCAACAGCGUCUCCAAGGUGGACAUUACGUGCGACAUGAUCUCGCCCAUGUCGCCCGAGCCCCUGGUAGUCGCGGAUGAUGACACUCCCAAGCAUAACAAGAAAGAGAAGUCAUCCAAGUCGGACAAGUCCAAGUAUCAUCUGAUCGACGAGAACCACGGUGACAUCGUCAACGUGUUACAGACGACGCACAAGGUUUCUCACAAGACCAAGUCGACGAGUCACCACAAGAAGACGCCCAAGGGCAAGAAGAGCAGCACAGCCGCAACCGCUGGCUUCAGCAACAUGAGCUUCGAGGACUUUCCCAGUGACGAGAACGAGGAGAGGCAAGCUGGACGGACCAAGGUAGCGCCCUUCGAGGUGAUCCGCGAAGCGUCGGAGAAGCGAUUCGGAUCGCUCAAGAGGCGGAGCAACCCGUUCACCUGAGAUGAGACUGUCCCGGCUAGCUGGCACGCUUGUCAGAAACGCUGGAACAGGUAAAAAGAUUUGAUACAACGCGAUACGAUUGAUUGACAUGAUAUCGUGGAGAGAUAUUGAACGUCGUUCUUGUAUUUGCAAAGUUUUUUCUUUUUUUAUUGGCUGGAAUUUUAUUACGAAUUAUUAAAAAACACAGCUGAAACAAGAUAUUAAUCUUGUAAAAAAAAGAUGUGUAAAAUCUUUGACGACGCAUACAGGUUGUAUUUAUAUUUACAUACAUAGGAAACGUGUAUUAUGGCAAUUUGCCUUCCGAAAGCACGAAAAAUUGUCAACAGAAUGAACAUAUAAUGAAAUUAUGCCUAUUUUACAUUAUCUGUUUUCGACAUGUUGCGUUUGUGAAAAAAUAUGAAACGAAGAGAAACGUAAUUUAUUCGAUAAAUCUUUUAUAGUAUAUAUAAAAGAUUAUAAUAUUCUAUAAAUAGAUACACAAA